CGGCGCUGCCUGUGUUGCUGCCUGUUGCAGCAUUUGGUCAGUGUGUUGCUAACUAGAGAGUCAACUUAGAGCUGUGUGCUGAUUGGUUGGCUCAUCGGCUUGGCUUCUAUCCAGCUUGACUUUAAAUGCAUACAAACACACACCCUCACACACACACACACACACACACACAAGGGUUAACAUUUCCCUCAGUUCCUUUCAGAAACACAAAUGGGCUCACUAAGCAGGCUUCAAAUUUUUGGGGGAUGAGGAGAGCAGGGGGGAGGUUGGGGUGUUGACUGACAUGAUUCCUCCCUCCUCCUUCUCCUUUUCUCCCACAACAACACGCUGAGCGGCAGAGCGAGCGACCAGAGAGCGAGGAAGAGAGAGAGAGGGGCGAGUGGACGGACGAGCAGACAAAGGAGAGGCAGCGCUCGCUCUGCUCUGGAUUAACCCUUUGUCCUGACUACAAGCUCUGUUUUCAUGGAUUUCUCUCUUUUACACGCCCGCCAUCAUCUCCUCACCGAUCCGUGCACACCGCCUUGCUCUCUCUCACAUAUACACACUGACACACACACACCCACACACACUGUUUUCCCAAAGGAUCAACAGCUGGUGUGUGUGACGGCGUCCUGGAGGAGCAGUCGUGGAUGGAUGGAGGUAGAGGGGAGAUCGUGUCGUUUCCUCCCUCCGCUGGCUGAACAGCUUCUCUCCUCUUGCUAUCUUUUGUAUUAGCGCCCCCUUCUUCCCCCUCUGUCUCCCCCUCUCUCCCAUCUCUCCGUCUUCCCUCCCUUCUCUGCUCAGGCUUUUGUCUCUCUGAUGAAGGUCCACGCUGGUCUUUUUACCGCCUUCCACAGCCUGGAGACCUCUCUAACCGUCCCAUUCGUCAUGCUAAAGCUAAAGCUAACGGCAGGAAGGACUGAUGCUGAAGCAGCAUGCUAGGCUAACAGCUAGCUUCUGGAGUGCUGUGAACACCUUGGCUUGCUGAGUGUCUGUUUGGUGUGUGUGUGUUUUUGUAUCCAGUGUGUGUUUGGUGUGUGUGCGAGUUGAAGGGAUCUCCCAGCUGACUCUCUCCGCUCGGUGUCCUCUCUUGACUCAUCUCUGUGGAGUUCUCGGUCAUGUCAACAGGGAUGUGACCAUGACCGAGUGUGUCAGAGUGAGGACUCUGUGUCUUUAUUUCUCAUCAUGGAGGUUGUUGUUUGUCAUCAGCUGAUUUAUUGACACUUACGCCCCAGGAUGGAGAUCACGUGACAAAUUGUGAACCUGCAGCCUCGGGUCAAACGUCCGACCCAACAAAUCUGAAGUUUUUUUUUUUAGAGGAAGAACAGUUUGACUGAGUGUUGUCGAUAGAUCUGUGGCUGACUGCCUGGCGGCCUGCAGAGGAUGAAGAAGACUAGCAGCAGCACGCUGAGGCGUGCCUGGCCCAGCUCGGACCUGAUCGAGCGCCUGCUGCCUCCUGCAGCCUCCUCUGAGCCACUCAAGAGCCGACGCUCCCGCAGUGAAAAGGACUACAAAGUCCAAAAACACAGCAAGAGACACCGCUACCCUCCACAGUAUGCGUGUCAGAGCCCACCAGCAUACACACACCCAGGUGAUGUGUCACCCAUCAGUAUGUCCCCCAUCAGCCAAUCACAGUUCAUCCCUUUGGGAGAAGUACUGUUAUUGGCUAUCUCUGCUAUGAACUCCGCCCACAAGCCUGUGACUCAGGAGGCUCUGACCGAACAUCUGCAGACAUGUUUCCCAGGUGUUCCCACGCCAACAGAGGAGGUUCUGCACCACACGUUGGGCAUGCUGGUCCGUGAGCGGAAGAUCUACCCAACACCAGACGGAUAUUUUAUCGUCACCCCUCAGACGUACUUCAUCACCCCGAGCCUCAUCAGAACCAGCUCCAAGUGGUACCACUUAGACGAGCGGUCAGCUGAGCGACAUCAGCAGCAGCAUCAGAACCAGCAGACGCAGUGCACCUCCCCUCUCUCGGGCACCAUCACCUCCGGACCCGUCAGGGACAGAUCGCACCCUAAGUCCAGCCAGAACCACAGCGGGGGAGGAGGAGGAGGCGGGGAUACCUUCUACAACAACAGUUACCGUGGUGAAGACCCUCCCAGCCACCACACCACCCUGUCACGCAGAUCCCCCAAAGACCACCGGGAGGCGUACUCGUCCCCACACUCCCCACAAACUCCUCCUCAGCAGGCAGGAGGAACCACGGAGAAGAGCCGCAGCAGCCUCGGGUUCCCCUUCAAGACGGACACACUCACCAAGCACCGAGGAGGGGGCGGGGGCGGGGGAGGAGGAGGGACAGGAACAGGAGAGGUGGAGAAACAGGCAGGUGGAGGCAGUGGAACAGGAAGUCGUAAGUUUGGCCUGAAGCUGUUCCGUCUGAGCUUUAAGAAAGACAAGGCCAAGCAGCUGGCCACCUUUUCGGCUCAGUUCCCUCCUGAGGAGUGGCCGCUCCGCGACGAGGAGGUGCCCAGCCAGCUGCCCCGCCACGUUGAGAUGGAGAUCAUCCGCAGGAUCAACCCUGACCUCACGGUGGAGAACCUGGCUCGCCAUACAGCCGUCAUGAAACGUCUGGAAGAGGAGCGUGCUCAGAGAAGCAAAGCCUCAUCAGCCAAUCAGAGCUCGAGGAGCAGGAGGAGCGGGGGCCGUCAUAGGAAGCAGUCUCAGGCCAAACUGAGCCGCUCUCACAGUAAGACCAGGGCAUCCCGUGGUGAGCCCAGUGACCUGGAGCUGCCCGACCGGGACUACCGAGCAUACUCAUCCUCGCUGGCCCGGUCGCCGAGGGAACACGCCCUCGCCAUGGAACGGCAGCGUGCCCGGCUUCAUCUGGCGCACAGCAACCCCAACAUCCUUGAUUCCUCCCACCUUCCUGUCACUCCUGAGUGGGACGUGUCUGGAGAGCUUGCCAAGCGCCGCACAGAGAUGCCUUUCCCCGAGCCGAGCCACGGCCCUUCGGCCCACCACUCCAAAGUGCACCGCUCACACUCGCACACCCAGGAGAGGAAGUCCAGGAAUGAGCGCAGCGACAAGGCCAAGGAGCGAUCCCGGUCCAUGGACAAUUCCAAAGGACCGCUUGGGGCUGGGCUCAUCGGGCCGCCAGAUUACUAUGAUGACCGGAGCCGCUACUACACAGACGAUGGAACCCUCAGAGCCAAUCAGAGCUCUGCUCAUUACUCUCGAGCCACGCCCCCUUCGGCUAAGCAUCCUGUGGACUCUUUAGGGCUGGAUGGUGGGCGGAGCUUAGAGAAGAGUAAGAGCAGGGACAGCCUGCCCGCUUACUCUCCAAAACCACUUCUCCCCUCCAUCCCCCCGGAUGAUUACUUCCAGUGCUCGGGUUCAUCUGAGGCCGUCCUCACAGCUGCUAACACGCUUGGAACUCUGGGUAAGAGCAGCCACGAGGGGUUAAAAGUGGGCGUGACUGACAGGCAGACUGACAGACAGACUCCCCACACCCUGGACAGUAAGGAGGACUUGUCAAAGGUUGGGCCUAAAGGGGGCAGCCUGCCUCCGAUACCUCUGUCUAUUCCUGACCCCCCGCUUGCCAACGGCAGACCCCCCCACAGCUCCUCCUCUGGUCAGGAGAAACGUAAGGAGAUCUUUAGUAAAGACACACUCUUCAAACCUCCUCCCAGCCUCCCCUUACCUGGGUACAGCUCCCUGAGGAAAACCCCCGCUCUGGUCGCUUCUACCCUGUCCUCAUCCUGUGAUGCUAUUGAUUCCCAGGAGGCCUUUGACGCCCCAAAACCUCUGGUGGCCACAUCGUCCGCCCCUCCACCAGGGAUCGAAGCGACUCCUGGUGCUGCAGAGGCCUCUUUUGACUACUACAACGUGUCCGACGACGAGGAGCUGGAGGAGGGCGGGGCUAAGAGUCGAGGGGAGGACGAGAAGUCUGGAGGAGGUGUUGUUGGGAGGGGAGGUGGUGGAGCAGGGACCAUGCAGUGGCUGCUGGAGAGGGAGAAGGAGAGGGACCUUCAGAGGAGGUUUGAGAGGACUCUGGCCUUCCCUGGUGCUAAAGAGAACCUUCCAGAACCCGCUCAGAACCAGCAGUCAGCUCACUCUGCUCGACUGGACAGCAUGGACUCCAGCUCGGUAACUGUGGACAGUGGAUUCAACUCACCAAGGACGAGGGAGAGUUUGGCGUCGAACACUUCCUCCAUUGUGGAGAGUAACCGUCGGCAGAACCUGGCUCUGAGCCCCGGACACCUCAGCAUCACCUCCGGGAACGGACCCCCGUUCUCCUUCAGAGCCAUCCCAGAACCUUCCGGAACCCAACCUGAGAAACUCCAGAAGCCCAACGCCUGCCUCGCAUCAAUCACCAGCGUGUAGGGGGCGGGGCUAAGGGCUGGGAGGAGCGCUGAGACCCGAUGGAUAGGAACUACAAAUCCACCCCCCCCCCCCCCCUCCAAAAAAAGGACUGUUACACCUUCAGACUGACGGACUGUCUGAGUCAGUGGAACUGUGCACACACACACACACACACACACACACACACACACACACACACACACACACACACACACACACACACACACACACAGGCAGACUCUAACAUUAUCAUCUACAGCCUCCAGUUUACACACUGCUGUUGUGUUGUUUCACUUAUGUGGGUUGUAGUUGUAUGUGUGUGUGCGUGCGUGCGUGCGUGCGUGUGUGUAUUAUCUGUUAUCUCAGGUCAUGUUAUUUCCCACCUGGCUGCUCCAAGUCAGCACGUCUCCCUCUGCUGGUGCCUCCUGGUAUUACACUCUGAAAAAGCUGCAAAGCUGCUCUGCUGACUACUGAUGCUGAGGUUACACACACACACACACACACACACACACACACACACACACACACACACACACACACACUGGUACUAACAUGAGUGUGCACAGGUGAUCUUAACCCCCCUCCCUGCUCAUUGAGGAAGUAAACAUAGAUGUGAUUUCUAUCAUGAAAAACCCUUAAAAUAGAAGUUACUCUCUCUCUCUUCAUUCAUAUUUUUCAGGAUCAUCGCUUAAUCAAAAUUAAAUUCAGUGUAUCUUAUCAGACUAAAGCAGGAGGGUAUUUUGUCUUGUUUAUUUCGGGUGUAAACCUGAAAAAAGAACCGGGUUCUCUCAAACGGGUUCUCUCAAGAGAAGAAACCAACCUUUAAAAUGUUUCAUGGAGGUCAGAGCUAUCGUUUCAGAUGCAUUCAAGUUAGCCUGGAAAUCGAAACGCUGGCUGGCUUUCACGUCACGGCGUCAAGUAGAAAUGUUUGAUCUAGAUCAGAUAGUUAGCUGCACAUUAAUCCAGAUAUCUGUUGAUAGAGUCGUCGGAUUACCGCUGAUGUUCGUCGCUUUGGGUUAAAGCGUCUGCUGACUGGAAUGUCAUUAACGCAGUUUGUUCUCCGGCCACUUUUGGUUUCCAUACCAACUGUUUUUCCUGCACACAACAAAGCCUGCUGAUUCAUAAUAUGUCAUAGCAGAACAUCCAGAGUCUGUGUACAGAUUCUACGUGUAUAAAAUGUAAAUAGAGUUUAUCUUUAUCUGGACCAGAGCAGCUCUGAAUGUGGUCUGAGGGAUCAGAACUCUGCCGGUCUAAGGUGUGUUCUCACCUGAACCUGCAUCUCCAUGAACUCAUGUUAGUACCAGGUGUGAACGAGGCCUCUCUCUCUCUCUGUCUCUCGCUCUCCCCCCCCCCCCCUUUCUCUCUCUCUCGUUCUCUCGUUCUCUCUUUCUCUCUCUGAGAGCGGCAGAGAGAGGGGCGUGAUAUUCAAACAUGUGAGACGUUCAGACAGGUGGUCGAUGUGUUCCCACAGUUUUCUGAUGUAGAAUGAAGCGGAGCAGCUCUCACCUGUUGUUACCUUCCUGCAGACAGACCCUCCUCUUCCUCUCUGUGACUCCUCAUGUCCUCAGACUGGACUCUGCACAGGACAGGAGGAACUCACCUGUAUCAACCAGUAUCGUCACUCUACCGGAAUAUCAAACUCCAAUACCAUUCUUGUAAAAAUCUCAAAUUUCACCAGUUUCGAUACCACGGCAACAACAUUCCACCCUUCAAAACUUGUUUUUUAAUUGACAGAAACUCUGACAGUACUUUGUCUAAAUUUCACAAAAACAUUGGCAACAUGUUGGCAACCCUUACGUUGACUGAGGCCCUGCCGCUGUAUGUGUGUCUUGUUUCCAUGACAACAGGCCGCUGCAAUUUGAGAUCGUCUUUCGCCUUCACUUUGAGCGUCAAACGGAGGAUGCUCCUCCUACUUUGUCUGAACUCAGUAAUAAAGACGGCGCUGCUAUCAUGGCUACGGCCGGACACGGAGUGAGGACCAGACCGAUCUACUUCAUGAUUGGCUGGUUGAAAAAAUGCAAUGACGUCAACAGCGCUCUUCUGACAAGUUUAACAAUUUUCAACUCAAAGCGCUCGAAGCGGCCGCACUAAAAAAGGCAGAACUCUCUGGGCGCCUCCUGCUUCACACGCUCUCUCCUCUUUGUAAACAAUUUCAAAAGACGCCAUGUGGUCACGGGGCCUGACUGCAGAUCUGUAGUUUUUUACAGCUUUGAUCAUUUAGACGUGAUUAGUGUGAAAUGAGAACGACAGUGAGGAGAGGAAACAAAGAAAUGUAAGAACUGAGUAAAUAAGAUGUGAAAUACUUUAUUUCUAUUCAAAUACCUGAAUAUAUGUACAGUGUAUAGAAACUUUUAUUUAUGGACAUGUAAGGCAGUGUUAAUGACACGCUGCUCUUUGUUUCUCUCCUCACAUGAAGAACAACUUUAUCUUUUAUUGAUUUAUAUAAACUUUAUUAACGUCUAAAACCCUGAUUCACCAAACGAGUACAAAUCACAUGAUAUCAAAUCUGUUUGGUUACCACGGCAAUACAAAUCAAAGUACCCGAUAUCAGGUAAUGUCUGGUUUCUAUGAACAACAAUCACAGGUAAAAUCUUGAUCCAAUGUAUUUGUGUAAUUUAGACCGUGUGCAGGAGUCUGCAAGAGACUUUUAAUGGACUUAAUGGAUUAACUCAUCCAUUCAAAGCAGAGGGAGCAACUUGUGGUUUAGUGUUUUACCCAAGGACACAUGGGACAUGUGGCUGCAGGAGCAGGGGAUCAAACCCCUGACCUUCCAGUUUAGAGACGACGACUCUACAAACUGAGCCACAGCCGCCCCAUGCACAUUUCUUAUGAAACAGACGUUGCGUUUUCAUAUUUUUCUGUGCUUUCGAGAUGUCCGAUCACUAAAAUAAAAAAGAUUGUAUCGUUUGAAAACAGCAUCGAACAUUUACCUCCAAACAGACAUGAUGCUGUGUGGAUGUUAAAGAGACAAAUAUUCUUAAUUCAAACACGAUGAAUUAAUGUCAUAUUCAAACUCAUAACCUUGUUUUCUAAACGUGCCGUCGCUCUGAAUCUAAAGCUGGUGAACUAUGUUUGCACAGCGUCCAAACUCUUUCUGGUUUAAGGAGGUUACAAACAAUCCACGAGGUCUGACAAGAAAAAGAUUGUGAAAACAUGAGCCAUUAAUGCCAUUUUUUAAACUCAUCAUGAAAGACCCAACAGCCAAUCACAGAGCAGACAUAAACUGUGGCAACGUUAGCAGUGCUAACACCGACAGACUUUAACCUCCAUUUACUAGACCAGUAUUGUGAGACACCACCCUGCUUCUUGGCUUGUUUAAAUCCUGUAGCAUUAGACCAGCGUAUCGGACCUGAUAUUACGAUUAGUAGUUUAAGUAGUUUGUGCAAAUUGUGCACAUCUCUACCUUCAAACUUGAGGAAAAAGAAUUAAGCAAACGUUAGCAGCAUCUGCCCCAAAGAGCAGCAGAAGAGUUUGAUUUGAAGCAUUGAGCUUCUUUAUUCAGGCUCAUAGGUCAGUUUGUGUCCGAGAGGAGGAGGAGGAGAUGAUGAGACGCAGCGGCUUCAGGAGGACGUGAGGAGUCACAGUCAGAGAGCGAGCAGCUGACUUUAAAAAAAAAACACUGAGAUGAAAUGUGUGACAUCAGAGGAUGACAAUUGUGCUGAAUGUCAGAGUUUAGCUGAGUGAGUGUGUGUGAGAGGUGUGACACACAACAAGAAGGGACUUUACAUUCCUGUUUCAGUAUUACUACUUGCUUACAACGCUCUACCAUCCACUCACACUUAACUUCUACCCGGGUCAUCACGAUACCACAGUCUCAAACUUUAACGAUAUCCAUUCACAACAAUAGAGGUGCUAGUCCGUCUAAACUGCACAAAAACAUUGGCAACAUAUCAGUACUGAAACAUUGCCAAUGUUUUUGUGCAGUUUAGACAUAGGCAGGAACUUUUUGUAAAACAAAACGAGACUGAAAAUAUGUUUUUUGAUAUCAACAAUUAUUAAAAAUCUGACUAUUGUUUUUAAAUGUGGUAUCAAAAAUAGGAACAUUUUGACGACCUUACUCUUAACCAUCCAUCCAUCCCCCCACACACACACACACACACACACACACACACACACACACACACACACACACACACACAGUCACCUCCAUGAUUACUUGACUUUCACCUCAAACUGGAUCGUCCCCUGAGCCGCUCUCACUCCUGGUGCUACGAUGUGUUCUGGUGUGUGUCGGCCAUGAUGACAGUGAUGAUGUAAUGGAGUAUUAAACGACUUCUCUCACAGGUGUGUACUGGUUAGCUCUCGGCAUCAGUGUGAACAGGUCACACACGGACUGAUGGACCACUCAACUCACACUGGGGGGGGGAGAGAGAUCAUAAGACUAAACCUGAGCAGAGCUGGAUUUACCUGUCUCUAAAGAUCCUGCAGUCCUAUAGGUCAAUCAUGUCCCGCCCUCCUAUAGGCUCAGGGGGCUGUCAAUCAUCCCUGUGUGGUCGUCUUCUCGGCUCCUCUACAACUACCUCCACAGCAGCAAAAACACAGCCCGUCCUCUUUGCUAACACACUGUCAUCAGCCUCGAGCCUGUGAAUGUCUACACACACACACACACACACGCACACACACACACACGUGAAUAUACACACUAACUCUCUAUACAUCAAAGUGCUGGACUCCCUGUUGUUUCCCUCUCUCCCCUCUCCUGAUAUCCUCUGAUGGUACGAGACGGUGUAACGCUUCAGAUGAUAUUUAGAUCACACACAGAGAGUAUCAUUUAGCCUUAAAGGGUUCACUUUAAAUGAAACACAAUCGUUUCAUAUGAGUCCUUGCCUGAGGUCUGUACUACCUGUCCCCUUACUCAACACCUGACUUUACUCGAGUUAUCUAUUCCUUAUCUGGAAGGUGGGGCUAAAUCUCCUGGCUGCAUCAACUCCCACACCAGAAAAGUUUCAAAGAUCUGAAAAGCCUGUUUUUUUGUUUUGUUUUUUUAAACGUACUGGCCCUUUAAGUGUGCCUCAGUCAAAGAGUGUCGCUGCUAUUGGUUGUUAGAACAUGUUGCUGUCACUUUAAGAACACUCGUAUGUUAAAGGACCUGAUGGGAUUGAAGAUUUUAUUUACAGAGAUUUACUCUUAACUGGUUCAGUUUGCAGUAACACACGCUGACCAGCAGGGGUCAGUAGUGUAGGGAGCAGGAUGGCUUACACACAGGAAACACAUUUUGUAUGUUUUAAGAUAAAUUUAAUCUUUGGUGUAUUCAAAAUCAACAUUAUUGAUACCUGUUUGGUUACCACAGCAACAUAAAUAGAAGCCCCACCCACCUAACACAAUAUUGUGUAAUUUCUGUGUUUUAAAGGUUGAAGCUAACUCCUGCACACUGGCCACAUUUUUACAAAAUCGUUGGCAACAUUUCGAUACAGGAACGUUGCCAAUGUAUUCUUGCAAUUAAGAGGCCGUGGCGUCUCCUCUUCUCUCUUCGUGUAAGAGACAUAAACGCAGCUUUUGCAUCUUUACGAGACACCCAAAAAUAGGUGAGAAACGCAGAAUUGACCAACCUGUGAAUUUGCUCCCGGCAGCUUUUAGUUUUAAAGUAGCGGAGGUCGUUUGUUAUUGAACAUGUCAAAGAAAGGGAGGGAAUAAAUCAGCUGACCACUUUAUCAAAGACGUCUUCAUAAUGAGGCAGAGGAGGCGCCCCCUGCUGGUUCAUAUGUCUUACACUGAAACUAAACCUUGUCAUGUCCCAGUGAAGAGCUGCUCUAAAGGCCUUAAAGAGACGAGUGCUGCUCCCUGAUCUGGUGUCGGCUUUUUACCUCUGAUUGUACCACAGCUCUGUUUCUAAAACCACUACACGAGUAACCACCAAGAGUUCAAAGUCACCCUCCUCUGCUUCACAUCCUGUCCCGCCCCAAGUCCUUUCUACCUUUGGGACUGAGCUUUGAGUCGUUAAGACCGGGAACAGAAGUCUCCUUUACCUCUAGAGGCGCCCCGUCCCCCCAAACACUUUCUAUUGCACCAUUAAUCUGGGAGAAACCACUACAGUAGAGUCCAGUCCAGGUGUUGUGGUCUAAAGCUGCAGCCCCCCGCCUGAUGGAGGUCCUCUCUCCC